AGAUUAAACUUUUUGCCUAUUUUCCAAAACUUUGAUUAUUUUAUUUAGUAGGUUUCUGAUGCGUUUUUGUUCGAAAGUGUUUCAAAGUAACCUCCACUGUUGUAAGAAUCUUCUCUGGUGUGUUUUGACGCAGGCAGACUUUUAAACGUUCUACUGAAGAGUUUCUGGGAUUCCGCCCAACUUUUAACUUGGUCGAUUUGUUAUGGCGUCAGAAGUAGCCGAAAAUGUUGAGGUCUCCAACCCACCGGAGCACCAGGAGAACGGAGAACAACAGAAUGUGGUGGACAGGGUGACCAAUCUGCCUCUUGUGAGCUCCGCCUAUGACAUGGUAUCAGCUGCAUACAACAGCACCAAGGAGAACCAUCCAUAUGUGAAGACUGUUUGUGAUGUUGCUGAGCAGGGAGUGAAGACCAUCUCUGCUGUGGCUGUCAGUGGUGCCAAACCAAUUAUAGACAAGCUGGAGCCUCAAAUUGCAGCAGCUAAUGAAUAUGCCUGUAAAGGCUUGGAUAAACUGGAAGAGAAGCUUCCAAUCCUUCAACAGUCCACACCCCAGGUUGUUGCUGAUACCAGAGAACUGGUUUCAUCCACAAUAACAGGAGCCAAAGAUGCAGUCUCCAACACAGUGACUGGAGCUAAAAAUACAGUGACUGGGGUAGUGGACAUGGCGAAGGGGGCAGUGCAUGGUGGCAUUGAAAAGACCAAGACAGUGAUGGUUGAAGGAGUUAACACUGUCAUGGCAUCCAGAGUAGGGCAGAUGGUUGUCACUGGUGUGGACAGUGCACUCAAUAAAUCUGAAGAGAUGGUUGAUCAUUAUCUUCCAAUGACUGAGGAAGAACUAGCAAAACUGGCUACUUCUGUUGAGGGCUUUGAAGUGGCCCCAGCACAAGAGCAGAGUUACUACGUGCGCCUGGGAUCUUUAUCUUCAAAAAUUCGUCAUAGAGCAUAUCAACACUCCAUAUCCAAGAUGCAGAAGGCCAGAAAAAACAGCCAAGACACCAUGGCUCAGCUUCACAACACGAUGGAUCUGAUUGAAUUGGCAAAGAAAGGAGUAGAUACAGCAAAUCAGAAGUUGCAUGAGGUUCAGGCCAAACUGCAUCAGACCUGGGUUGACUGGCAAAAGAAACAGCCAAAAGAGCAAGUGGAAGAAGAGGCUCAGAAACCAGAGCAAUUUGAAUCCCAAACCCUAACCAUGACUCGCAGUCUCACCCAGCAACUACAGACUACCUGCCUGACCUUGGCUUCAAAUGUACACGGCCUCCCUCAGCACAUUCAAGACAAAGUACAGCAGAUCCGCAAAACAGCAGAGACCAUCCACACCUCUUUCUCCUCUGCCAGUUCAUUUGGUGACCUCUCUGGGCAGCUCCUGGCGCAAAGCAGAGAGCAAAUGCUGAAGAUCCGGGAAUCCAUGGAUGGGGUAAUGGACUAUGUGCUUCACAACACUCCUCUCAACUGGAUGGUGGGUCCCUUUGCCCCACAGUUGACUGAACACCCUCAAUCAGAGCAGAUGAUUGAAAUGGAUAAAGAAUAGAUGCGGCCUUUCUGUAGCUAUAUACUGAGUUGUUACUCUGCAGGGUCAAACUUGUAUUAGGUUUGGUAUUUGAGCCUUAAAUUAACCUUGCUGUUUUGACUAAAUUUUAUAUUUGUCUUGCAUAACCUUCCUCAAACAGUAACUUUUUGUCUUUGCCUGAUAUCUCUAAUACAUCUAAUUACAUAAUCCCAUCAGGACCACACAAGUAACUUGUAAUCUAGCUCUCUUGACUGGAGAUGAAUACUGAAGGAAAAUGCUCAGUGGACCAAGUCGCAUCUCUGGGGUGGGGGGAGAAUGGUGAAAAAUGUCAAGUCCAAUACCUUGAACUAUUUUCAUUUAGAACUGGUUCUAUGUGGGUCUGCACAACUUAAUCAUGAAAGGUGAAAUUCCAGUUGGAAUCCACUUUAAGAUUAAUUAUGCAGACAUGACAUCUACAACCUAAAAUCUUCAGUUUCUCUCUCCAGUUGCUAUCUGUUAUAUUGUUUUAUUUCUGCUACAUUAAUGCUGUAAACUCCUGGUGCUGCUGAGUCCUAAAUUUGCACAUUCAGGAAAUUUUGGCUUUCGGUAUCGUGCCAAACUUCAGUUAAUCUUCUACCCAAUAGUAUAAUUUUAUUCUAGUCCUGAACCUGCGUGAGAAUGGACAAUGUUAGUCUAGGAUUAAUGUUGAUCAGAUUAAUGUUUUGGAACAGUUACCUGCAUCCUCCAGGCUAUGCAAGAUUCAAGACUUGUUAAAUACUUCAAACAAUUAGUGACAGUACUGGUUGGAAAAUUUGACCAUUUGUAUUGGAGUAGCAUUAUGUAAAAGAGCUUGACUUUUUUUUGCAGUUUUUCUUCUUGUGAUCCAUGACUGAAGCUUUCUAAAGUGGAAUGAAAAGAGGCUGUUUUGAUUGAUGCCCUACUUUUGUAUAGAUACAAUUAAUCUGAUUUUUAAAACAUGCUUUCAUUUCUAAUUGAGCAUACAUGUGGUUGUGAUACUUUCCCAUAGUGUCACCAAUCUAAAAUGGGCACAGGAAGGAUUAAAUAAUAUCACAAAGUUUGUUUAUAGCAAGUGGAACAGAUCUGCAUUGUUUGUAUGAUUCUUUGCAAUAAAACUUUGUAAUUCAA